UCAUCGAGCUGAUUCAGAUCGGCUAUGCACUUUUGAUUUAUUUUUUUUAGUUCUAUGGAAGGUGUUUGACUGCUAGUUAACAGUACAACGUUGGUUUGCUGAGGAAUUAAAGGGAGAACAAUUACAUUGUCAGAUUAUGUGAAGCUACUCCCCAGUAAAAUUUUAUUUAAUAGAAAUCAGUCAUUAAUCACUCAGUGAUUAAAACUAGACUAAAAAGCUGUUUGCCAUAAAGUUUACCCCAUGCCAUUGUAGGGUAUAUUUCAGUAUGUCUGUCUGAUGAUGCUUGUUGUUUUUUCUUUUUUUUUCUUUUCAAUGGAUUGUAUUUAAUAUGCCUUUUUCUGAGCCUUUAUGGAAAUCGUUCAGCUGAGCAUAACCAUGCAUAACUGUAAACAAUCACCUCGUGACCACAGCGACUCAUCAGAAUGGUGUAACGUGAGCUGGGGCAUCCGAGGGCUGGAGCUCAUUCUAGGGGGUGGAUUCCUCUCAAAAAUGCACACAGAAUAGCCAAGGAAUUUCUCUCUAUGAAGGUUAAGAAUAUUAAUACUUUCCUCAUGAUUUUAAUUAGUAUCGCUAGUGAUGUUAGUGAGGUUUUAAAUCAUCAGUCACAUGAAUGCCCUGGGUUGGCUUGUUGGCAAACAUGUUUUACUAAGAAUAGUAAUACGCAGCCGUGUUUGAUAUGGUUACUACCCCCGGCUCCAUGUUCUGUCAGUAUUUGCCUCUACUGGGCAAGUGAAUGAUGGUGUUUCUCUGCAAUCAAGUGGCAUUUCAGUGUGCCAUUACCCCUACAAAGCAGAUAAGCAGAAAAGGUCUUUGUUUAUAAGUUUUGUGGAUGAUGAUACCAAUUUAAAGUCUGUACUGUACAUAAUUUUGCUUCACAUGGGAGGGGUUUAUGACCAUUUCUGUAUGCACAGUCAUUUGCCAUGGGGUGGAAUUACCUUGUCAUUAAAAUACUCUAACUGAUCUUUCUGAUCUAAUUUCAAUGUGGCACAUGUUAGGUUAAGUUCCUGGCACCCACAUGUAAAUGCUACACGUAGUUAAACGUGUGUGCCUCAUCAGAAUCCCUAAUAAUAAAUUCUGUGUAUUCUUAGAAAAAAACUCUUUUAAAUACAUGCUUCACCAUGAGAAAUCUGUUGUUCAAUAAAUGGACUGGAAUUUCAGGCAGUUUCGGCUAAUUUCACUAUAGGGGAACUACGAUAUUGUGCCAGGAUACCGCGGUGGGAGAUAUUACGACUUAAGCGAAAUAAACAGUAUUAAAGGCGAAAUCCUUAUGACGGCCUCAUUUGAGCCACACGCUCCGCUGCGCUUUGCGCACGCGCAACCUGUGAAUGGGCCGUCUGUGUGACGUUAGCGAGGAGAGCGACUCCUAGCAACGGGCUGCUAACUGCGAGCGCUGACGGGAGGCGGAAGGUCGGAUAACGAGACGUGAAGUUUGCAGAUGGGCAUUUCGUUAGCCUGCGGUCGUGUGUCUUGAGACUUAAGCAAACGAGCUGCCACGUUGUUGUAUGUCAACAUUUCAGGUGACGUUUUGAAAGGGAAGCUUGGCCUUUCAUCCACGGCUAGCUGGUGAGCUGCGAUGAUGGUUUGCCCCACAGACCCUUGGCAGGUUGCUUCGGGGAACUCCGCGUUGCGACGGUGUUAAGAUCCGGGCCAAGAGCACAUGGAAAAGGGGUGAGAGUCAUCCAGCGCCGGGAUGAAGGUCGUCAGUGCAAGGUGCGCCUUCUAUGCUGGAUUUGUGAUAGGAGCCUGCAUGCUGUACGGGUUCCUGCACCAGUGGAGGUUGGACAGUGCAGCCCUGUCUUCCAGGAUCCUGGAAGAACAAGCAAAUGUAGUGGGGUUGCUGGAAAGCAAAGCCAAGAAAUCGAAGGAGAAAUUCCCCACAUCUGUCAGCAGAAGUCUGCUACACUUGGCAGGGGAAGACCGCCUCGUUGCGGACGAGCUCUACAACAAGGUCCGCAUUCUCUGCUGGGUGAUGACCGGCCCAAAAAACCUGGAGACGAAGGCACGUCACCUCAAGGCCACCUGGACGCGGCACUGCAACGUGGCGGUGUUCAUGAGCUCGGAGGACAACCCGGACUUCCCUGCCGUGGGCCUUGGCACCAAGGAAGGCCGCGACCAGCUCUACUGGAAGACCAUCCGUGCCUUUCACUACGUGCAGGAGAAGCACAGCCAGGACGCCGACUGGUUCCUCAAAGCCGACGACGACACUUUUGUCGUGGUGGAGAACCUGCGCUGGCUGCUGGCGAAUCACACGCCUGAGGAGCCUGUUUAUUUCGGCAAGCGCUUCAAGCCGUUCGUCAAGCAGGGCUACAUGAGCGGCGGCGCCGGCUACGUGCUCAGCAAGGAGGCGCUGCGGCGCUUCACAGAGGGCUUUCGCACCCAGGUGUGCAGCCACACCUCCUCGAUAGAGGACCUGGCUCUGGGGCAGUGCAUGGAGAAGAUGGGAGUCCGGGCCGGAGACUCCCGGGACACUCUGAAGCGCGAGACCUUCCACCCGUUUGUCCCUGAGCAGCAUCUCACCUCCAAGUUCUCAAAGACCUUCUGGUACUGGAAUUACUGCUAUUACCCCGUUGUUCAGGGUCCCCAGUGUUGCUCUGACCUCGCGAUCUCCUUCCACUAUGUCAACCCGAAUACGAUGUACAUGCUAGAGUACUAUACCUACCACCUGCGUGCCUACGGUUACAAGUACCGCUACCAAUCAGCCAUGCCGAGCACCUUAAGCGGGACCCUGAACGGGAGCAUGAGAGAGAGCCACAGACACGGCAGCAUGGUCCCAGAGAAAGAUGGAUCGCCCUCCAAUCAGGCCGCAGGACAAGCAUGAGUGGUGGCCGGCUCUGUACCUGUGGGGCAGGGUCCUAAGGGUGGGACUGCGACCCCCGGAUGCCUGCAAGGUGACCCUCACGCAGCGGCUUUAAGCGCUGGGCUCCAUAGCCAAGUGGCCUUAAAGUUUCCACCAUUCUUCUUUUAAAAAAAAAGAUAUUUUUUUGCCCAUCAACAUUAAUCUAUUUUACUAUGGAUGGAUUCAUCUGAAAGGGGAAACCAUAUUUUUAAAAUCUUAAGGAAUUUUUAUACAGUUUUCAAAAUCUCUUAAUUUGGUAUAUAUCUGGGGGGUAAUCAAAUAUUUUAUUAAAAGAAUGAGCUUUAUUGACUAUUGAUUCUUGUGCCUUUUAUUGCAGUUUCAGAUUAAAAUGCCAAGGAGUAUUGAUUUUUAUAAGCGGAAAUGAAUGGCUGUACAGUGGUAUGUUGAAGUAUCCUGUUUGAUGAUUAAACGUGACAUUAAGGGGUGUGGGGUUCUGCUUCACAUGGUCUGUUUUUUGUGGAUUCUAUAUUUAGUGGAACCAGCUAAACCUUCUAUUGUGUUGUAUCCUAUUUAUAUAAAAGGCAUUUACAAGCCUGUUGUCAGCCAUCUGAGUGAGACAUUGGGCAGGGAAGCUCUUGGUUGGUAAAAAUAAACACUGCCUGACUUAUA